AUGGGUGACUCUCCGGAAGAGCGGCGUAGCAAGGACGCCGUGCCCGAGGCUUCUCCCAAGGAGGCGGAAACUGGCAAGGGGAAGAAGGAGAAGAAGGAAAAGUCGGCCGAGGGCAAUCAGAAGAGGCCGGCGAGCAGCCAGCGCGGAUCGCUGACCAAGUCCCAUAUAGGCGUUCCCCUGGGCAUGGGUGCUCCGGCGGCAAAGCCCACGAUGCGCUUCAUGCCCACUUACCGCCUGGAGUCAAAGAAUCCUCUGAAUAAGGAGCGCGUGGAGAACAUCAUCAAGGCGGUGAUGAACCGACACUACAACGAAGAGUACAUGUUCCAUCCCAAACACUCGCUCCACAUGGCGGCCCAGGUCAGCGAGGAAAUCAAGAACCGGAUCAAGCUCGACAACUACGACAGAUAUCGCUACAUAGUGCUGGUCACUGUGGGCGAGUUCCUGAUGCAAGGCCUCUACUCGAUGGUGAACUUCUUGUGGGAUGCUGAAAAAGAUGGUUUUGUGACCUACAGCGUGGAGAGACCUUCGUACUUUGCGGUCUGCACCACCUUUUACCUGUACUACGAUUGAAAUCGGCAUUCGAGUUGUUAUUAAAAUUGACGUUUAUGCUUAAAUGCA